UCCACCCUCCUUCCAGGCAUCGCUGACAUAGUGGGGCGGAGGGUAGGAUCUUCAAAGCUUCCUUGGAACGACCAGAAGAGUUGGGCGGGGAGCAUUGCCAUGCUGCUCUUUGGCUAUGGCCUCGCACUCGGCACCAUUCACCUUUUCACCGCAGUCGGGUUCUACUCUUCUGAUUGGCUGCUGCUGCCGAACCUGCCCCUCCGAGUCUUCCUGGUCAGCCUCGGAGCUACAGUGGUGGAAUCUCUGCCACUCAGCGACAAGUUAGACGACAACCUCACUGUACCACUCUCCACCGUUCUCUUUGGCCUCCUGCUGCUGCAUUAGUGGUAACCGAAGGGUUAGAGGUGUGGCCCUUGCGUGUUCUGGUUCAUUCACAAAUCAUGCUCUUGGGUUGAC